GAACGUCAGCACGUCGACGGGGGUUUUCUCUGGCCAAGUCCUGCAAAGCUGCUGUGGUGUCCCUGCGCUUGUGUCGGUCGGGCUGUCCGGGGUCUGAGGGAGGGCAGGGCUACGAGCCCUGUGACCGGCACGGUACCUCCCUCCCGGUCUGUCCCGGCCGGUCCGCUCUAGGUCACCUCGGGGAGGCGGGGUCCCUGCGGACGGCCGGGAAGCGCGGGGCCCAUCCCCGCCACGGGCUCGGAUGGGAGGUGGCGGGAGGAGCGACCUGGGAUGUUCAGUCUGAUGGCCAACUGCUGCAACUUGUUCAAGUGCUGGCGGGAGCCUGUUAGAAAGGUGACUCUUGUGAUGGUGGGACUUGACAAUGCUGGUAAAACGGCCACAGCAAAGGGAAUCCAAGGAGAGCACCCUGAAGAUGUAGCUCCUACUGUUGGAUUUUCUAAAAUUGAUCUGAGACAAGGAAAGUUUGAAGUUACAAUCUUUGACUUGGGAGGAGGAAAAAGAAUUCGAGGAAUUUGGAAGAAUUACUAUGCCGAGUCCUAUGGAGUAAUAUUUGUUGUGGAUUCCAGUGAUGAAGAGAGAAUGGAAGAAACAAAAGAGACAAUGUCAGAGGUGCUAAGACACCCUAGGAUAUCAGGAAAGCCUAUAUUGGUAUUGGCAAAUAAACAGGACAAGGAAGGGGCUUUAGGAGAAGCUGAUGUGAUUGAAUGUCUCUCUCUGGAAAAACUCGUCAAUGAGCACAAGUGCCUGUGUCAGAUAGAACCUUGUUCAGCAGUCUUGGGAUAUGGAAAGAAAAUUGACAAGUCCAUUAAGAAAGGCCUUUAUUGGCUACUGCAUAUUAUUGCAAAAGACUUUGAUGCCUUAAGUGAACGCAUCCAAAAAGAUACAACUGAACAGCGCGCUCUUGAGGAGCAAGAGAAACGAGAGAGGGCUGAGCGAGUGCGGAAAUUACGAGAAGAAAGAGAGCGAGAGCAAACUGAACUUGAUGGAGCCGGUGGUCCGGCCGACUUUGACUCGGGACCAGUUCCUGCUAAUCCUUUCCAGCCAAUAGCAGCAGUAAUCAUUGAGAAUGAAAGAAAGCUUGAGAAAGAGAAAAAGAAACAAAUUAUGGAGAAAGACAGUGAUGAUUGCCCCUCGGAACACAAAAUGGAGCAGGCACCAGUAGAGACAGAGAGCCAGGCAAGUGACAACCGCAAACAGAAUGAAUCUGAAAUCCUAGAGAGUUAUAAGGAGGCCUUAACACAGCAGUUGGAUAAUGAAGAUGAGGGAGAGCAGCGAUCAUCAGAAUCAGGCGAUAAUAGUAAAAAGAAAUCUAAGAAACUAAGAAUGAAAAGGAGUCAUCGGGUAGAGCCAGUCAAUACAGAUGAAUCUACUUCUAAGAGUCCAACACCGCCCCUGCCUCCCCCUCCUGUUGGCUGGGGAACCCCUAAAGUCACUAGACUUCCAAAACUUGAGCCUCUUGGUGAAACACGUCAUAAUGGUAAUGCAAAAGGAUCAGUUUUCAAAUACCAUCUGUGCAUAUUACAUUCACUUUUCUAUCUUAUAACUUCAAAAAUUCAGUAUUUUAUUUUUGGUAGCCUUUCAGGUCCACUGCCAUCUUUUUUGUUAUACUUUCUAUUUUCAUUUUACUUUAUUUUUAAUUUUUAAAUGCACUUUGCAUCUUUAUAAUUUGAUUUUUACUUACCUCAGAAUGCAAACAUGAAAAUAAAAUCAAAUCUGAUAUACUACCAUUUUACUUAAAGUGCUAGAAAACUGCCAUGUCUUGCACAUGUUCAGUAUGCUCUGUGAUAAUGACACUUAAUUUUUCUCUUUUUGAUCAUAAUCUAAACAGAAUCCCAAAUAUUGAAUACUAAAAUGAAGUUAAGGCCAAAAUAGAAUGUAAAAUAAAAGGUAAAAUUAGUUAGCCAAAUAAAUUGGGCUAAACAGAGUUUCUUGAAGACUUUAUGAAAUCAAGAGAACAAUUUUCCUUGAAUGAAAUCAACAUAGCUAUAAUCCAGCCAAAGUAUGGUGUUAGAACACCAAGAAAUAAACCUAAGGAAAAAGUAGUUUGGAGGCACAGGCAGAAGUCAUUCCUGACUAUAAGUCUAGGUUUUUACAUUCUAUAGAAUGCAAAUAAUGAUAACUUAUAAAUACAGCUCUUUUUGUGUAAUUGUAGCUCCAUAAACUUUUUCAUUAAGUGCAUCUAAUACACUUUUUGUGUUAACGUCCUCUAGAACUUUGUUUCCUAAAGAGAUCACUUAGUAGAAAAAAGUUAGAAAUUUAGUCUUUUGAAAGAGCAUUACCAUAAAUUCUACAUUAUAUCAGACUGAUAUAUUUUUUAUCAGUUUUUACAAUAUAUUUUGACUUUUGUUUUUUGUAGUUUGGUUUUCUUGGUGCGGGGUCUCUCUGUAGCCCCAGCUGGCCUAGGACUCACUAUAUAGACCAGGCUGGCCUCCCUCUCACAAAGAUCCACCUGCUUCUGCCUCCUGAGUGCUGGGAUUAAAGGUGUGUGCCACCACACCAGGCUUAUUUUGAAAUAUUUUAUUCAAAAGAAUUCAUGUGUGCUGCUUGCUUUUCAGAAAAAUAUAUAGGUCAAGUGAUGAUUUCUACAUAAUCAUUAGUGAAAACUAGAUUUAUAUUUAUAAAGAUGAAAGACUUUCUUCUUAGACUAUAUGAGAAUUAUGGAUACAAAUUUCCAGUAGAAUCACAUAUUUCUGUUUUAUUUACUGAUUUUUUAACACCAUAAUUUUAUUGAUAAUAUGUUGGCUCCUGUUUUUUUACAGAACUCUGAAUUUAUUCAUAUUAGAAUAUAUUAGCAAUUUAAGUAUUCAGUGUUAGAAAACAGUAUUCAAGUUUUUCCAUUUAUAUAUGCACAUAACACAUAGAAAAAUAAUUUCUCAUAGGACAGGUUAUGUUUCUGUUAUCAAAUUUAAGAUUUAAUAACCACUUGUAUUAGUCACUGUUCACAAUGCUGUGAUAUAAUACCUGACAGAAUAAAUAAUUUUCUUAAAAGAGAAUAGAUGUUAUUGCCUCAUGAUUUUUGAAGGAUUCACUCCAUCAUAGCAGGGAUGGCAUGGCAGGAUGUCUUAGUCCAUGGAGGUAAGAACUUGCAGUGGCAACUUGAUUACUUGCCGCCAUCAGACAAGAAGCAGAAAAGGCUCGAUCUAGAAGCAGAAGCAGGUAUAGACUUCCAAAGCCUGCCCCUAAUGACCUACUGCUAUCAUCCUAGCUCCACCUCCUAAAGGUGCUAAAACAGAACUACAAGCGUGGGUCCAAGUAUUCACACUUGAACCUGUAGGGACAUUUCAGACUUAAAAAAUAACCUCCUGCUUCUGGAACCUAUUAUCAUAUGUUUGCCUCAUAAUACAAAAUUGAAAAGUCCCUAUACUCUUACCUGUUCCAACACUGUUCAAAAUUCCAAAGUUUAAAGUUACUUCUGAAAUAGGGAGAUCUCUUAUUUGUGAGCCCCUGAAUAUAAAAAUAAAAGUUUCAUACUUCCAAAAUAAAGUGCAGCAUAAACAUUCUCUUUCAAGAAGGGAGGAUCAGGGGAAUAUCAAGGAAAGAUUGAUCCAAAGCAAGACCCAAGGACAGUAUGGGACAUAUCAGAUCCUGCACUUACAUGCCUGGCAUAUAGGGCAUGUAAUGGCAUCAUAUCAGCUCCAGUGGGCUUGGUCAGUCCUGUUCCUGGUGUUCUGCUGUUUGUACUACCCAUGGACUUUCUUUUGAGCUAGUACCACCAAAUGCCUGCAGCUUUCUUCAAAAAAUAGUCCAUGUUGCUGCCAUUUCCAGCAUGGCAGCCUAGGCUUCACCUUCACAACCCCAUGCUUUGCCUCAUAGGCUUUUCUCUGCAACUUUGGCAGAAGCUUUCAUGACCCUGUAAUUCUUACAUUCUGCAUGCCUGCAAAUCCAGCAGCACAUGGACAAUGACAGCUUCUGCUGCUAACUGAAGAUGUAGGCAAAUCUCUUUUAUCUAUGCCUGCAGCACUGUAUGUUCCCAUGGAUGAACCUGUAAAAUGUUUCUCUAGAUGCCUUUUUCCAGUAGGUUGCCCUUUCUGCUUUUCACAUUGCAAAUGAAAGUCUUUCAAGUAAGUUUGUGGUUUUACAUUCUAGGGCCUUUUCUGGUAGAGGUAUAACCUUCAGUGUACCUUUCUUGUUGUUGCAAUGCCAAGUGUGAAGUAUAUAACUUCUUUCUUUUACUCUCUUUAAUAACUAGAUCUACAUUGCCUGCACUUGCUUCUUCUGUAUUAAAUGAACUCUUCCUUAGGCCUAACUGAUUCUUGUUCAGUUCUUUCAGUUCUACUUUUUGCUCUCCAUUCUCAUUAUAGAGUGGAAAAAAAGCAUCUAGCAGUAACCAUGCCACAGCCUGAAUGUUAUACUGUUUUGAAAUCUCCUCCAUCACAUAGUCUAAUACUUUUGAAUUUAGGAUGAGCAGGGUGUUGCCAGAUUCUUUAUCAUACUGCAACAUGAAUGGCCCCUAGCAGGGUCCCAGUAGAGUUCUGUUCCCUUCUGAAAAUUCAUAUGCAUAGACUUCAUUGUUUGCAUGUAUGUUGGCCUAACAGAAUUUUCCCAUGAGCUUUGUGUAUAGCAUUCUAGCUCUAGCUAAUAGCUCUAUGCUCUUCCACAUUCAUUCUGAAAACCAGUUCCAAAGGCCUAAGAGCCACAUGGUCAUAGUCAUUAUAACAAGGACUUGGUUUUUCUGAUACCAAUUUUCUGUAGGUUCUAUAACCUUACAUGACAGCACCCCCUCCCCCCGCUGGGUACUAAGCAUUGAAACAGAUGAGCCUGUGGAGGUGGACAUUUUAGACGCAAACUGUAACAAUGUGUGUGUUAUGAUUUGAUACCAGCUAAAAAUGCGUAAUAUAAAGAUGAAUAAGACAUAUACUCUACCUUUGUAGAAUGCCUUAUCUAAUAGAAAAGACCAUCCUUCAGCUUACUGUAGUAUAUAUGACAGUAAGUUCUUUAAUACAGAAUUGCAGUAACAUGUAGAAACUGUAUGGGUAGUUAGUGAAAGUGGCAUAAGAACUAGUUGUUCAACAUAUGAGAAGAGCCAGGAGAGAAAGAGAUCUAAAAACAAGCACACUGUAAUCCCAGCACCAUCGAUGGCUGAUUCUAGGCCAGUCUGGGCUACAUAACGAGAACCUGUCACACACACAUACACACACACCACACACAAAAGUGUGUGUGUGUGGCAGGGAAGGGUUAGAACUAGAAAACAAUAAUAGUUUAUUUGGAAAAUAGCCUGAAAGCAUGAAGUUACAUGUGACUGGAGAUUAGUUUCAUAUGUGUAGGGUGAGUAAGGGGACAUUUUAUGUUACAGAGAUAUCUAAAAUGGAAUUCUGGCCUUGGGCUAGAUGGCGAAGGUCUCACAGUAUAUUAAAAUAUAUAAUAUUAAAAUACUAUUACAAUUUUUCAAGUCGUAAUGUUCAUUUUAAGCAUGGGCAUACUGUCAUUAGAUUUUAUGUUUAGGAAAAUAAGUUUUGCCUCAAUGUGUAGACUUGAUAUUAGUUAUACCUGAGGUAUGAGUUCCAGUUAGGAAGCUGAUGUAGUCAAAGUAAGAAACAGUUAGUAGGAAUUGGAAUGGAGAAUUUAAAUAUGCUUGCAAAGAGCAUUUUCACAAUUAUAAUCAGUAAUGGUUGAUGAAUGGAAUUUGGGGUUGAGCACAACAGGAAUAGAAUAUAAUCUGGCUCAAGGGUCAACACGGUUUUUCAGUCUAACACUGAAAAUGUAUGAGGAAGGUGGAUAACUGUUCUGAAGAGUCAUGUUGAUGUAGUUGUAGGUUUAUUUGUUUGCAGUGUCUAAAAGCUCGCACAAGUAACAUGGCACUCAGGAGAAAAGAAAAUAAGGCGCUGCAGUGGGUGAGUGGUCAAGGAUAUGUAGGUAGAUACCCUGUUGGUCCUCACUUGCUAGGAAUACUUUGCUUAUAACAUGCUUUGUAAUUACUUCUGAAUUAAUGUAAGUUGAAGAAAUGAUAGCUUGCUCUGUGGAACAUAGAACUAUCCUCUACAGUGAGAUGAAAAGGGUACACUGUGGUCUUCAGGGAAAACAUUACAAUUAACUCUGGAAAAAAGUUGAAAGCAGGCUUAGAAGGAUGUCUCCAUUCAGUUGGCUGUGUUUGCUUUGGAAUUAGAAUUCUUAGGAAUUAGUUACAGUUAAGACCACAGCAUUCUAGUACUUUAGUGUUAAAUAUUUAUCAAAUUUCAGCUUCCCAGAAAGAACUUACUUCUGUAAGUUUUAAAAUAUCUUCAUUUUUUCCAUACAUUUUAAGUGAAAGUGUAUCUAAUGUAGCUUUUUAAAAAAUGUACAGUCAACUUUGCUUUUGUAACCUAGAGAAGAAAGCAAUUAUAAUAAAUUGUAAGCUUAAAAUUUUUUGUUAAGUAAUUCUUUGGGUUAAUCAUGAAAAGUUCAUUUGAGAUUCUCCUUGGUACCAGUUAUAGGACUAUAUCCUCUUUUUCUUAACUUUUGGCACCGUUUUUUUCUUACUAUAUAUAGAAGUAUAUUGACAAAAGGCUGGUAGUAAAUAAACAGUGGAUACUUGAUGAGCUAAUGAAUAAUUAAAAAUCAAAAGCUAAAAGAUACUGUGUUGAAAAAAAGUUGCCAUAGUCAAAUUGGAAAAAAUUUAAGGCAGAUUCUUACUUUGAUUAUAGGCAUUUACCUUGAUGACAGUUUAAUUCUACUUUUGUAAUUGCUUUUAUCGCCCACUGUCUGCUCAGUGUAAUAGGAAAGACAUAUAUUCUGAGAAAGACAAUCUAUAUUUAUUUUGUGAGCACUCUGAAUCUGUACUUCAUCAAACUGUUGCAUAUGAUAUAAAAAUGAAUAAGAGGUUUUAAUAGUCAAAGAUACUAGCUACUUAAACUAAAGAAUAUUGUUAGAGCUUAAAAUUAUAAAGGAAGAUAAAGUCUGUGUGGCUUUUUACUGCCCUUCCAUUUUCAUGCUAAAAAAUUUUUGAUGGCCUAUAUAAAAAUGUGUUUAGACAAUUAAGUUCUUUUUAGUUACGUGCUGAGAUCAGCUUGUAUUCUCUAUAGCUAACCCAAUACGAAACCUUUUCUGUGGAGAAUGAGUCCAUUUUCUGCAAAGUAAUACAAAAUCUACACAAAUAUAAUUUUUGUAAAAAAUAUACAAAAAUAUAAUUUCUUAGAAGAGGAAAAAAGGCAUUCUAUGCACAUGCAUUUGAUUUUAUUUAUAGAAAUAUUUUAAAAUUCAUCAAAAUAGGUCAUAUCUCUUACAACUUUAAUUAUAACAAUAGUAACUGCAAGUAACAGGCACCUCCCAUUGUGCUUUGCGGUUUCAGUUCUCUCAAAUCAGAUUGUAACAUAGAGAGCAAAACCACCUUUCUGUUCAGGAGCCUAAGGUCUCAUGCUACUAAGUUGCAGAAUCAAGAUUUGAGUUUGGGUCUGUCUGGUUUUGAAACUCAUACUUUAACGCCUUAUGUUUAUUGUUACAUUAAUAUUUGUUAAGGCAUCCUGGCAGCUUAAUUUUUGCUUUGAAUUUAUAAUUGUUUUAAAAAUAAUUUCUCCCAGUACAUUUUUUAAUAUAUUUAAGUGCACCUGAAAACCCAUGCUUCUAGAAUAAUUUUAAGGUAAUAGACAGACAAUAAUGAAUUACUGGUUACUUAAAGAUGCCAUUAAGAGUAUCUUGUAGCCGGGUGUGGUAGUGCACACCUUUAAUCCUAGCACUCAGAAGGCAUAGGCAGGC